GUUGCUUUCACAUGCUGGUGUUUGUUAAGGGACGAAAUGGAAGACUUAACAUCCAGCACGUUUUGCCGAGAUAUUAAUUUGUUUUGUCUUAAAAAUCACAAUAUUCAUUAUUAUUUGAUUAAUUGAUAACCAGACCGAUCAUCCAAAGCUUAUCUGUCAUAACGAUGUUAAAACGUUAUCUUAUUCGGAGGCAUUAGGGUACGCAACUCGCCGCACGCCUUCGGGAAUGUCCAGUCAUGUACUACUUUAUUAGGGCAAUCUAAGCGGCGUUCCAUUUUAAUUAAAAUAACAAAUAAUUCUUCUCUUUUUAUAUUCCUAAUCUCUAUUGAAAGAGUUGACUCACACAACACUAUGCACUUGAAAGUAGCCAAGAGAUUUUGAUGACAAGUUUUAAUGAACAGUUGUGUAAACAUGAGAGUCAAGGUCAUGAAAACAGUUGUGUAAGUCUGUCGCGGACAGAAUGAACCAAUGAGGAAACAAUGCGACCCGGCCUACAGUAUAUAAAAGAGGGGGCUUCUGUUAAAAUUGGUCUGCAGUGUCCAUACAUCUGUUCAAGAAGAUGGAUGCCUUACAAUUUGAUUUAAAAAGCAAACAAUUAUCUCUUAUUCAGUUACCUGUGCCAUCCAAAUUAGCUGAAAAUGAUGUUCUGAUAAAGGUUGCAUAUGCUGGUAUAUGUGGCACUGAUUUACAUAUAGCAGAGGGUGCUUUCCCGUGUGGUGAAAAAGUAGUUUUGGGUCAUGAGUUCAGCGGUGUGGUUGAAGCAGUUGGAUCCAAAGUGAAUCAUGUGAAGCCUGGAGACAAAGUAUCAGUGGAUCCAAACAGUGGUUGUGGGACUUGCAAUUACUGCACAGAUAGUAAUUACCAUUACUGUGAAGUUGGAGGGUUGAAUAAUACCAUUGGCAUAUAUCGCAAUGGAGGAUGGGCCAAUUAUUGUGUUGUGCCAAAUAAUCAAGUCUUCAAAUUACCUGAAAAAAUUUCUUUAGAACAAGCGGCCCUAACGGAACCCCUAUCAUGUAUCUCACAUGGAUGGGACAAAAUUCAACCAAUACCAAUUGGAAAAGAUAUACUUAUAAUGGGAGCAGGAAUUAUUGGUAAUCUCUGGGCAUGUGUACUGCAUUUGCAAGGACAUCGUAAAGUGAUUGUAAGCGAGCCACAGGAGGCUCGUCGAAAGCUUGUUGCCAAUUUAAAUACAGGCUAUGAAAUAAUGAAACCCACUGACCUCCAGGCACGCAAAGCUGCAAAUCCUAAAUGGGGAGUAGAUUUGAUCAUUGAUUGUAGUGGCUUUGGCCCUGCCAUAGAGCAAGCUUUAGAUCUUUUGAAUCCAGGUGGCCAACUUUGUAUUUUUGGAGUAGCUUCUCCAGAAACAAAAAUCAGGCAAGUACUGAAGCAAAAGAAAUGCUCAAACACUUCUGUAUGUUCUCUUGUAAUCAUUGUUGGUAUUUUCAGUGUUUCACCAUACCUGUUAUUCAAGAAGGAACUCACAAUUAAUGCUAUUAAUGUCAAUCCAUUUUCAUUUAAUAAAUCCCUUGGAUUUAUUGAUGCCAUGGGAGACAGGUAUUUGGCAUAUGAAAAACUGGGAAUAAAAGUAUUUGGCCUGAAUCAAUAUGAAGCAGCUCUUGCUGCACUGAAGACUGGUACCAUUGCAAAAGCAAUAUUCAAAAUCGACUGAAAUUCCACACAUACAUAUUUUAUUAUUCAAUAAUAAUACAAAUUUAUUAUCACUUCACAUGUACAUUCAAAAAAUUCAAGAAAAUGCAUUUAAAUACAGUGUAUAAAACAUUGCACUACAGCGUAAAUUCAGAGCUGUGAAAAAGUAGCCAUAUAAAAACAGGUAUUAAAAUCUGUUCAAUAAAAAUUGUCUAGAGUAGGCUCGACUUCCCUUCCCCAACUAAUAUAUGUUAAUAUAAAUGGACCACAUAUGUUUUUAUACAACAACUUUUACAAAAUUUGAAAUGUCCUUUUAAAAAGUUAUGUAAUGUUUGCUUAAAAUAGCAUCAUAUUACACUGCCAAUUGACAUAAAAAAUAAAAAUAUUAAGACCACAGUGUUUAAUAAUUUUUGUUUUUACAGCCUUUCCAUGACUUCGUGAAAAUAAUGCAAAAUAAUCAAGAUUUUAUUUUCUAGGUACCUCAUAAUAACAAGUUGAUACAAUAUACUUUAAAUGCCUAACUGAUGCAUUCAGUAUCAAUUUAGAAAAAAAGGUCUUGAUACACUCCUUCUAAACACUGCUCUUAAAACUCUAAGACAAUAAGAAAAUGUAAUAAAGGGUUUGAUACAAAGUCUAAAUUGCAUAAAGUUUUCAAAAUAUUUACCUUCUGCUUCUAGAGUGAUUUUUUAACACACUUCACAAUAAGUUCUUACAUAAAAAGCAUAUACCUUGAUUGUUUAUAAGGAAGACAUUACUUAAUAAAUACAACAAGGUGCUUAAGGGGCCAUUCAAGAAAAAAAGUUUGUAUGGGAAAGUCCCAUGUCUGUGAUGAAAACAAAUGAAUUGUCUUUACGUGUGUGUGUGUAUGAUAAUGAACAAACAUCAUUUACUACUUAUAUUAUUAAUAUCAAACUAUAAAUAAAUGUUCAAAUUAAUUAAAAAUUUUAAGGGUUGGAAUGGAAAAUUCGAUGAGACGGGUUGUGUUUGUUAAAUUUUAUGAGUUGUUUCCAAGGGGAGAUGGGCACACAUUUCUUGAAUGGCUCGUAAAGUUCUCAAAAAGCAAACUGUCAACUUGCUUGAAAGCAAUUAAAGUAAAAUAGUCAUUUCAUUGAUAUGUAAUAUUUUAUUUAGGUCUGUAAGAGGAAUAAAACCAUUUCCCUUUUCUAAAAUUAAUAUCCAAGUUCAUUAUAAAUACUUCAAGAUUUGAAAUUUUUAUAAAAUAGCCUGAAUACCAAGUUGAUGUACACGAGAUAAUAAAGACUGCUCAUAUGCCCAUUACACACUUCUGCCCACAAAAAGCAAGGUCAAUAACUAAUAAAUUAAAUUUUAAUAAUAUUGUUAAUAAGCAUUAUAUCAUUGUAUCUGACAACAACGAAAUUCUUUAUGACUGUGGAACUCUUACAACACAGGCCAAACGUGUGGAAAUAAGUUCCAUAAAGCUUCUUAAAAUUAUCAGGGUAAAACAUAAAAUCUCUUAUUUCACUGCAUGAUGGUUACUCUUGUAUUUGGUGUCUUACAAUUUGAAUCCUCAUAAUAAUGUUAUACAUGCCAUUUAAUUUAAUUGAAAUUCUUCUCUAUCAAAUCUUUUCAUCCACUUCUACAAAAAUAUGAAAACCUGAAAUUAUAGCUAAAUAUCAGAUUAUCAAAUAUACUGAAACACACAAUUACUGUAUUCAGGAAAACAAAUAACUAUUAGAACAUUAGGUCAACAGUUUGCUUUACAAUCAAUUACUACUUAGACUGUGAAAGUGCAAGAGUUACAAACAUACACAUGUAUAUCUACAUAUAUAUUGACACAAUUAGUGUGCACUCCUGAUCCAUAGCUAAUUAAAAUAAGAGAAUUUUAUUCAUUCUUACUUUAAAAUAAUAAAUUCUUUUUGUGUAAAAAUUUGCUAUAGUUAACUGCUAUACGAUGCAGCCAUUCUGCUAAUUAUAAACCAACGUUCAUAAAAUCAGGGCACAUUACUAGAACAUUAUAUUAAUUAAGAAAUAAAAGUUAAAAAUCUCUAGGAUAUGUUUGUUUUUAAAUUUCCAUUCAGAUCUUUGCUAAGAGUAACAAUGAAAAUCUUGAAUUAUCAGUCCUGAGAUGGAAACAUCCAUUUCAAACACAAUUUUGUUACACAAUACACACAAUUCAGACUUAUAUAGAGAAAUUUGUAGUUAAUCAUGCUUUGUAACACUAUAAUCAAACUCUAGAAAUUAAGUAAUGUUAUUUUCUUUAUUUGUUAAUCCAUUCACUAAAAAUAUGUCUUUGCCAAAGCAUUAAAAUCUAUUUAAAAUAUACUAGAAUUAUUUGAGGAAAUGAUAUUUAAACCUUCAAAGUACAAGUAAAUGAGAUUCAUAACACUAAAUUCCAAAUUUGGUAUCCUUCUAU